GUCCUGUUCAUCUAUGUUGCUGUGUGUUAGUCGAACCAUUGCAAAAUGAGCCGAAGAACCUGUACUUAAUUAUGGGUAGAAAUUAUAAAAACAUAGUUUUAUAAAGUUUCAUCAAUGGAUAUUCAUGAAGUUUUUCAAAGGAUUUUAUUUCGUAUGUUAAGUUCUACCUGCGCCAGCACUAUGUUGUAGUCAGCAUUCUGGCAGCCAAAAUGGCGAACAAAUUUAUCGAUUAUUUCCCCAAAAUUGUUUUAUUUGGCGAUUCUUUUACUCAGUUUUCAUUUUCAUCUGAUGGGUUUGGUACGGCAAUUAGCAACCACUUUCAAAGGAAAUUUGAUGUUAUUAAUCGUGGCUUUAGUGGCUAUACCACACGGUCAGCUAGACUUAUACUUUCGAAACUUCUUCAAAAUGACAACCACCCCCUUGGGAGUAUUAAAGCCGUCACCAUUCUCCUUGGUACAAAUGAUUGUGAAAUGCCCUCCAUUCCAAAUUCCAGACAUGUGCCUAUAUCAGAGUACAAAGAAAAUUUGACAGAUAUCUGUGAGCAGUUUAGGAAAGCAGGUGUUUCAUAUGAACGUCAAUUAUUGAUCACACCACCACCAAUGAAUGAAGACGCAUGGUCUGAAUACUGCAAGGCAAAGGGUAUUCCUGCUGGAUACAGAAAUGAGAACAUAAGGCAAUAUGCAGUAGCCUGUUCCACAGUUGGAAAGAACCUUUGUAUUGAAGUUAUUGAUUUAUGGGGUCAUGACUUUGCUAUUGCAAAGGAUUGGAAUGACAUGCUUUCAGAUGGCUUGCAUUUCUCAGCCAAAGGAAACAAUUUUUUAUCUCAAAUGUUAAUUCCAAGACUCAAUUAUAAACUUUGCAAUUCCUAUCUUGUUUUUCCUGACUGGGAGAAUGUUCAUCCAAAGGAACCCAGUAGGACUCUUGGUAUUACUUUGGAUAAAUUUUCAUGAAGUUUUAUGUCUGUAUUUUUUAUAAAGAAUCAAAUGUGGCAUUAUGGGCAAAUGAAUAAUUGAGAAAAUGAUAUUUUCAGGGCUUGCUUUAAGAAAUUUUAGAAAAAAAUCAUGUAAUUAUGUAGAUGUGAUUAUUAUGCUUUUCAUAUCUAAGUUGAUUUUUUGUAGUUUUUAACUUUAUGCCAUUUCCUGGUUUUUGGUAUAUUGUAGAAUAAAAAAAGAACAUAGAA